AUUGUAUAAACUUAUGGACCAAAUGGGGUGACAUCUUGUGGUGUUAUUGUUAUGAUUGUAUGAAACAAUUGUUUGAUUAUUAAAAGGUAUUAUUGUUUUGUGAAAUCAAUUGAUCCAAUGAUGACAUUAUCUAUGAAUUUGGUGAUAGUUUAAGACACAAACAGACAGACAAUGAUUGUGGUCAACGAAAAGCUGAUUCCGUCGGCAAAGACUUAUUGUGUGAUUCGUGAUCUGGAUUUGGAUGCAAUCGAGAGAUUGGAUUUACCGGCCAUUCGACCCAUUUUGCCGACACUCGUACGUAUGGGUUGGUGCGUACCGCUGGACACGAGUGACCACUGGUCACAGCAGCGUAAAAAUAUCCAGAAGAUGUUGUCGGGUAUUGAAGUAAUUAAUAAUAUCGUCCACUUGUUGUCCAUCGACUUUCAUGCCCUCGAAAUGGAUGUCCGUAAAGAGCAACAGUUGCGGUUCAAAGUGGGCGUUGCGGCCAAUGACUCGCUGUUGAUAUCGGCGCUCACCGAUGGUUUGGCUCUCGAGUUUGAGCGCUGCGAUGGCAUCAAGAAGUUGAGACUCUUAUUGAGUGAAUUGAUUUCUUUGAUGGCUUUCGUUCGGCAAACUGUUUACCAAACGCAACAACCAGUGACUGGUCUCAGACCAUCGGAACUGUUCGACAAUGAAGUCUAUUUGGAUGAAGUGUCGGAUGUACUGUGUAUUGCAAUUUCUGAAUUACCCAAUACUUUGCUUAUACAUGAAGUCAUCGAAGCUUUGUUGCACGUGAAGAACGGUACGGCUUUGAUUUGCCGAAUUGCCGCCAAUUUUACCGAUAGUUUUGCUGAUAUUUGUCUCACACUGUUAAACAACGGCGAUAAACAAGAGGACGAGUCAUUCUGUGGCCGAACCCGAAUGACAGCACUGAGACUGUUAUGUCAAAUGAAUCCGUCGGACGCGUUGACUGUAAGGUCAGAGGCCGUCGACAUGUGCCGAAUGCCUAGCCUUACAAUUAUGUUGACAUUAGAUUACAUUCAAAACAAACAUAAAUCAGCCGAUUAUUUGCCACAAACCGAUAUCGUGUCCUUUAUUAACGGUAUUUUGUUGGGUAAUGACGAUAGGAUAAGAAAUUGGUUCUCACAAUAUAUCCGAAGUGGUCAGAAAUGUAUGGAACAAAUGAGACCAACAAGUUUGAUAGAUCUCCGUUCGGAACUAUUGAAAAGUGUUAAUCUAUUGGUCGAAAAUGGACUUAAAUCGGAAGGUAGUCUCGAGUCUGGUGUUUCCGAUGCCUGUGUUUUGAUCCGAUUGUACUGUGCAUUGCGCGCCAUCGCCAACAUGAAGUUUACUGAUGAAGAGACCAACGCAUUGAUUUCAUUGAUAAUAUGUCGGCCACCGGCCAAUCAAAUUGGCAUAAGAUUUGUUUCAUUAGGACUCUGUAUGAUAUUAUCAUCACCUUUACUGAUCAGCUCCGCUGACAAUGAAAGCAAAGUUAUUCAAUGGAUCAAAUGGUUGGUCAAAGAGGAAAGUUAUUUUGGACGCUUAACUGAUGUCAAGUCAUCGUUCGGUGAAAUGUUACUAUUGAUUGCAAUUCAUUUUCAUUCAAACCAAUUGCCCGCAAUCGGUGAGUUGGUAUCAUCGACUCUGGGCAUCAAAAUACCCGUCCGGACCAAUAAUAUGAAUAGAAUUAAAGUGAUUUUCACACAAGAAAUAUUUAUUGAUCAAACAGUGACCACACAUGCCGUCAAAGUACCGGUCACACAAAACCUAAACAGUUCAGUGGCCGGGUUUCUACCCGUUCACUGUAUCUACCAAUUACUGAAAAGCCGUGCUUUUACUAAACAUAAAGUUCCGAUAAAAGACUGGAUUUUUAAGCAAAUAUGUAAUGCCGUCGCACCGAUUCAUACAAUAUUUUUACCCCUAAUUGAGAUCUAUGUCAACUCUAUCAUACAUCCCAAUCCUAAGGUGGCGUCCAAUACGACAAACGAACCGUUUUCUGAGGAAGAGAUUCUAUUGAUUUUCAGACAUAAAGUUUAUUCACAUGAAGACGAUGACGAAAAAAUUGAUUUUAACGACAUUAAUGAUACUAUUGUUUCGUGUCCUCUGACAUCGCAACUGUUGCUUCUUUACUUUGUUUUGCUUUACGAAGAUAAUCGGCUGACAUAUCAUUCAAAGAAUGUUUCGUCAACCGAACGAAAGAUAAUGAAGUAUUCGCCAGAAUUUUUAGCACAGAUUCCCAUCUUUUAUUUGAUCCAAUCGGCCCGAUAUGAUCAACAAAAUUACGGUGCGAUAACAUCACCGCUUUUGCGUCUUAUUGCUCACCACUAUCCACAUCUGUGUCUCGUCAAAGACUGGUUGUCAUCAGAAUUAUCUUCACAUAAGAAAAAAGAGAUGACAUAUAAAUCGCAACAGAUUUCAACAAAAAAAGAAAGAAAACUAUUUGAAAACUCAUUUGAGACCAAUUCGCCAUCGAUUAUAAUUUCAGAAUUGGAUCGCCUCAUGACUUUGCCGAAGACCCAUCUUUGGCCAUUAGCUCCCGAUUUUAUAUUAAAACUACCAUCGUUAUUUUGUCGGUCGACACCACGAAAACUAUGUGAAAAAGCAAAGAUAGUAUGGUUUGAGUUAAACUCAAUAUUUCCGCGCAAACUAUGGGUGAUGACAGUUAAUGUUUUGAGGCCCAAACUGUUUGGUUUCGCCCCGAAGACUCAGUCGCUUACGUGGAGUGACAUAAUGUCCGAUCCUUUGCAUGUACUUCGAUGUGAUGAACGCAUCUUCAGAAAUGCCGAACUUAUGGAAAUUACGUUACAUAUGUUGAGUGCAUUUUUGGCCGCUUCGCGCAUAAAUCUGUCCCAUCAUCUAAUGGAAACAGUGUCCAAAUCUCCAGACGAAGAAAAAGAUAGAGAAGAGUUGAGAUCAGCUUUGCUUACAGCACAAGAAAGUGCUGCCAUUCAGAUACUUCUUGAGUGUUGUAUCGCCAAACCCGAGGAAAUGGACACUAAUUUGUUAACUAAUUUACGUGAAGUUCAGGGAUUGAUAUGCAGUCAUUUGCAUCAAGUGUUCAUCAGUGAUACAAAUAUCGCAAAAUUAGUUCACUUUCAGGGCUAUGACAGCGAACUUUUACCGCUAGUUGUGACCGCUAUCCCGUCAAUGCAUAUCUGUCUCGACUUUAUACCCGAACUAUUAGGACAACCGGAUCUUCAAAAACAGGCAUUUGCUAUUAAUUUAUGCUCCCAUUUAUGCAAACAAUAUUCAAUAACGAAAUCAUUCAAUGUAUCUAAAUUGUGUUUCAACGUUGCGGUCACACUCGUAUCGGUACUGCCCAGCGAUAAAAGGGCGCCGUUUUUCACUAGUAUACUACCAGCGCUCGUCCAGAUGUGCGCACCGUUUCCUCUACUUUGCGAAGACGCCGUCAAACUAUUGAUUCAAUUGUCACAAAUCAAUAUGUCGUGUUUGGCCUCGACUUCUUCGCACUUUAUGUAUCCCGAGGCCACUCUCAGACAGUACAACAAAAAACUUGAAUGUCUUAAUUGGCAACAACUCAACGACCAUUUUUCCAAUCUUCCCAUUGAAGACUCACUUUCUUUAUGUAUUCAAAAAGCAUUUAUAAGUUUAUCAGAUCUACCAUUCAUUAAAAAGAUUUAUUAA